GAAGUAUGAAAAUGAUGUAUAAGGUUAACAAUAGCCAAGAAAUGAGCUGAAGAAAAGGAUGCAGGAUUAUGAAUUAUACGAAGAAUAAUAGAAAUGACUUUUUGGAUCAUAAGAGGCCUAAAAGUUCUUCAUUACAGAAUAGAGGGCAGCAAUUUCAGCCUGCCAGACCUGUUACUGCAAGCUGUUUAUAUCGAAAUAAGCAUCGUUUUAUUACUGCGAAUACUCAUGUUAUUCCUAAAAUUAUUCCAAAGAAUAAGGAUUCAUUGGAAAGAUCUGAAAAGGAUUAUUUAGAUAUUUCAACUUCUAGUUUUUCAAUAUCUAUUAAAAACUCCAAAAAUUGUAAAAACUCGAACAACUUAAAACUGGGUUCUUACAGAAAUAUUCAAAGAAAUGAAAUCGGCAACAGAACAAUCAAUGUAAUGACAGAGAGUUCAAUUGAAAAGGGCAUUGUGCAAGUAUACAAAUAUCCAAAGCCAACGUUUAACAUCCAGUGAAAAUCCACAAAUAAACCUAGCCCAAAAGUGACUCCAAAAUUAAAAUCUCAGUUAGCUUCAAGACUGAAAUCCCACUUAAAAUCAAAACUGAAAACCCUCUCGAGGGAAGAGGCCAAUGUCUCUAAAUAUAUCCAGGAAUCCACCAAAAUCUCAAGUUGUUCACAUCGAAGUAAUAAUAAAGAGAGAGAUACUAUUAGAGUACAGGAAACUGGUAGAAGAGAAGAGAGGGCUUGGGCCAGUAAUAGGAGGGUAGAGACCUAGUGAUGGGUGCUCUCAGGGGAUGUUUAAGCAUUGUUUGAUGCCGGAUUGUAAUGAAGAAGAGGAAUGUAGCCAGAAUAGGAAGAUGGGGUGACUGAUUAGAGGGUUAAAAUAAGAGAAAGAUAGAUCCAGUAAAGGAACUGUACAAGCCAAAACUAAUGGAAAGAAAUGAUAAGGGAGAUAUGGUGUUUGCAAAGGGGCUGAGUGAGAGAUUGAGCAAGAAUGUUAGGACAAAUUUAAGCAAGAAUGUUAGGACAAAUUUAAGCAAGAGAGUCAGAUUUGCCAAGAGUAAUCAGGUUUUCUUAAUCAAAAGUAUUAAGAGAGAUCUUAAGAAACAUCGUCUAAGAGAAAGAAAAGAUUGCUUGAAAAUAUCUAACUUCUUAAGUCUAAAUUAAGGCAUAGAAUAUGGUAAUUAUUGCAUUCAAUGUUG